AUGAAAAAGAAUGAAGAGAUUAUAAUCACUAUAUGUUUGGACAACUCUAAAUUCACAAUCAAUGGAGAUUAUUCACCAACAGAUCGUUGGACAUCACAGUGUAUGGCAGUGGUUCAACAACUCAAUUAUGGAGUCACUUAUACUCUUCUCUCUCUCUUUCACCUUUCACCUUUCAAUCACAGCCCAAAAGUACAUAGUGUUUUAUCAAAAGAGAAUACAUCUUGUUCAAGUUUAAAGAAAAUUGGUUUGGGUCAUAAUUGUAAUAUAGUAGAUUCUCUAACAUUGGCUCAUCUUUUGUUCAAGAAAAGAGACUCUCCCAACUAUAUCAAAAAGUUGAUCAUCUUUUCCGGAAGUCCAACCAGAGCAACUGAAGACGACAUGAAAAAGGAAGGAUUGGAUUUGUUCUCUAAUCAAAUAUCAUUGGAAAUCAUUAAUUUUGGUGAUAGUGAUUUGAAAGUUAUGAAUGCUUUGUAUCAAUCGGCAAAUAUAUUUGAAAAUCCUUGUUAUACACAUUUUAUUGAGGCUAAUGGUAUGAAUACAUUGAUUGUACAAAAUCUUUUAAAAUUACAUUGGAUCAUUGUCUAUAGAAGAACGUUCCCACUACCAAAGGAAACCACUAAACAUCACCAUCAUCAACAUCAACUGGUACCAACGCCAGGUAGUGUUGGUCGUGGUCCAUCGAUUGUGAGCAAUGGUAUAUGUAAAAAGUCAGCAAUAGAGUCUAGAUAUUAUUCUCCAAAAUCAAAAUACAAUAUUGUACUAGAUCUAACCAUACAAAGAAAACCUGUUGAUAUUCCACCUCCUCCCCCUCCUCCUUCUAAUAAUAAGCAUUUUGAUAAAAUGGAUACUGAAUCAAAUAUGGUUGAUGAUAGUCAAAUAGAGAAUCAAGAAAAAUAUAAAAAUAACAGUAAUAGUAAAAGUUUAACAACUACUACGACAACAACUUCAACAUCAUCAUCAUCAACAUCACCACCUCCAUCACAACAACCAUCUCUACAUUUAAAUGCACAUAGAGAAAUGUUGUUUUUGUACAAAAAUAGUAAAAUAUUAAUGGAAUUUCCAGCAGGUAAAUGUGAAUAUAAAAAUAAUCUAGUUGUACCAUUUCCACAAAAGGGUGUCAUUGCACUUUUAAAAGUGGGAAUAGUGCAUUUCCAUUUGAUUUGGAGAAAUCUAUCAACAAUGAAAAUUGAUAAUUCAUAUGUAUUAUCAUAUAAUGAAGUUGAUUUAUUAAAAGUUGAUAAACAAUUUACAAAUGACAGAAUGUUUUAUUUUAAAUUUAAUAUGAAUGGUCAAGUUAGUAGUAAUGGUGGUAGUGGUGAAACCAACUCAUCAUCAUCAACAUCAUCGACUGAAUCAUCAAAUGAAAGAGCGAAUCAAAUCAUUACUGGAAAGAGUAGUGUUGGUGGUGGUGGAGGACAAAACACACAACACUUUUUUCCUGUUCGAGCAUUGACGCCAAAACAAUUUGUUCAACUCUAUAAAUCGAGGGAAGAGGGUGGUGCUACAAGUAGCGGUACUGCAAGAGAAAUGGAAAAGGAAAAAGAUAUAACCCUUAGCAUCAAACCACCACAAUCAAGUUUAUUUCCUGAUCAUCAAUCACAAUCUUCAUCCUCUUCUUCCUCUUCAUUAAAACACUCAAUGACAUUGUUACCAUCAUCCUCAUCCUCAUCAUCAUCAUCAUCAUCAUCAUCAUCAUCCUCUUCAACAACAACAACACAAGAUAAUAAUAAUAAUAAUUUAAAUUGGAAUGAUAAUCCAAUUCAUGUUGCAAAGCAUAUUAGAAGAAACAGUGAGGAAUUGUUACCAUCCAAACCAUUGGAUAUAACUUCAUCGUUUCACUCUUUGAAGCGACGACAUGCACAUAGUAGUAGUAGCGGCAGUAAUAGUCUACGAGGCCAUGGUAUCAGUAGCAGGUCAGCAUCGUUCCGUCAACCACUCUCUCGAUACCCCAGUUUUAAUCCUGAAGAGGAUGAAUAUGACAAUAGUAGUAACAGAUUAUCACCAAUCAUUUCACCAUCAUUAUCAUUUGAUAAUAACAGCAGCAACAACAACAACAACAUCAACAGUAGUAAUAUGGAAAAAAGAGUAGCAGAAGCAUUUAAAUUGGGAUUCAAACUUAAAAGUUUAUUGGGCGAAAGUAACAGUAGUAUUGGUAGUGGAAGAAGCAAUUUGACAUCAUCUUCAUCGUCAUUAACGUCAUCUCCUUCGAUUGGAGACCCAUUUAUAUCUGGUUUUUCAAAUUCGAGCGACACUGAGAGCAAUGGAAGCACAACUGUAUCGGGUAACAGCACACCUAUUGGCUCGCCCAUGUUGAUGUCAACGAGUCAUCAUCACCUUCACCGAUCAGUAUUCCUCGAAGAAUCAUCUAAACUGAGUCUAUUCAAACCACAACCCCUCUCUGGCAUACCCCUACCACUCCCUUCUGAACCUCUUCCUAUCCCCAUUGGUAGUGUACAUUUAGAAUCGGCUCCAUCAUCUUCUUCAUCAUCAAACAGCUCAACACUGGGAACUGUCACUUCAUCAUCCUCUGCUGCGACAACACCCACCACAAAACCAUCAUCGUCCUCUAAUUUGGUUGAUGAGUUAAUGGGCAAUUGCCCACCCAGCAGCACUGCUGAUAUUGAAAUGAUUCAAUCAUCAUCCUCUUCGUCAUCAUCUCCCCCGUCAUCCCAUAAUUUUGACAACAAUUCAAGUGGACAAAAUAAUGAUUGUUAA